GUUGGUUUUCCUCUUCUUCUAAUAUCUCUAGGUUUAGCAGUAAACAAGAUUCAUACGAGAUUAAGAAACUGGCUCCUGCCUGCAAAACAUCAAAUCCUCUGAGUCUAAGGUACGUACUCUUCUUUUCUUCCCCUAUUGCAGCUUGUUACAGUAGAAAAAAGUGAACACUAAAACAUCUAAUUCCUGAAUGAAUCAGUCUCGUUUGAACCAAAGUUUACUGAUUUCGGAUUAUGUUUUUGGCAAAAACGAGGUUCUGGGAUGCCAACACUUAUAUGGUCAAUUUGAAUGAUGGAUCAGGUCAUCAUGCUCAAUCUAGAUGAAGGAAAGGACAAAAUUACUAAUAAUGAUGAUGUUUUUCAUUCACCCCGGCGAAUGCAAUCACAUCAAUCAAGCUGCUACAUGGGUAGCAUUCAGGCAGAGGUGUUAGCACCAUCAAUAAAAGAGGAGUUAUACUUACUUUCUGCGGGCAGGCAUCUCAAUUACGGUGGCACAAUCUGUUUCCACAGAGUACCUGAAAAAUAUCGUGCCAAGAAUAAAGAUGCCUAUGAUCCUCGGUUGGUCUCGAUAGGUUUUAUUCAUCAUGGUGAAAGCCAGCUAAGAGGUAUGGAAGAAUACAAGUUCAAAUACCUAUACCAUUUCUUACAAACUUUUCAAGUUAAUCUUGAUGAGUUGGCUUCGUAUGUUCAAAGUCAGGAGAAAUUUCUCUGUGACUGUUACGAAGAUAAUCCCCUGAAUAAUCCGGCAAAACAAUCCAACCUACACCCAUAUGAAGUGAUUCUAUUAGAUGGGAUUUUCAUUGUUGAACUUUUCUUGAAGAAUCAUUUUCCUGGAAUGAGAGAGAAGGGGGAUAUCAUAUUCAAUCAACCUUGGGUUUCAAAGGACAUCAGACAUGAUCUGCUCCUCUUUGAAAACCAACUUCCUCUGCAGUUUCUAGCAACAUUGUACAAUACUUUUGUUGCCGGACAGGCUAUAAAAUGCUUAGAUGAUGAUGCUACUUUUUAUCCUCCGCCUUUCAUUAAGUUAGCUCACCAGUACUUCAAGGAUGUGGGGUUCAGGGGGAAUCAAUUGCUCAUCACCCAAGAUUUCCACAAUGUAAGGGAUUUUAUUGAGUUCUUGUCCAUUCUACAUACGCCAAAUGCACAGCAAUUGGCAGAAAUCAAUGCUAGACGGGUGAAAACAACAUUAGCAGCAAUCAAUGAUAGGCAAGGAAGAAAGAAACUGGGUUUUGCUCGAUGCCCAACAGCAACAGAGCUGAAAGCAGCCGGAGUCGAGUUCAGAAGUGGAAAAGGGAAAAAUCUCUUGGAUGUUGACUUUGACAGGAAAAGGGGAAUAUUAACCCUUCCAUCACUGAUAGUAAAUGACUCUGCAGAAGCCUUUUUUCGAAGUCUGAUAGCCUUCGAACAGUCUCCAUAUCAUCCAAAAUUCAUAACAAGCUAUGUUUGCCUAUUGGACUACUUGAUAGACACCGAGAAAGAUGUUGAUCUUCUAAUAAAACAUGGGAUUAUCAUAUCUGAUCAGCUUCAUAGCAGUAAUAAAGUGGCAGACAGUUUUAAUGAUCUUUACAAAGAGCUUCUGACAAAUCCAAAGGACUUCUAUUUUGAUCUGCAGUGUCAUGAGCUCAGAUGUUACACGAGAGAUUUUUGGCAUUUCCUCAAUCUACAAGUAACUAGAGGUUGUACAAUAGCACAACGAGAUUAUCUCAAGAAUCCAUUGGAUGUCUUCAAUAUUAUUCAUGGUGUAAUUUUCCUGCUUGGCCUUACUCUAGUCCAGACAGUUUGUUCAGUGCUUCAACUUAAGAUGGCCAAAACUUAGUUCCACAAUGAACAGCAGGGUCGCAGUAUCAAGGGCAGGAAUUACUGUUGCAAACCUCAAGCAAUGUAUAUUGAGUCCAUUAUGCUAGAUUAAGUUUGAGCUUUUUCCAUUUAGAAUUUUGCACAAUUUUCAUUUUACUCUUAUACGUUCUUGAUGUUCUCUCGUUACAUUAAACCUUAGCACAUUCACUAGAAUGCAAUUUGUGCAAAUUUUUCUUGGAAAAAAACCACGGUCAUAUCUGUACUUCUGAUUUGUGCAAAUUACCUUAUGAUAUGUAUUUCUAAUUUAAGUUUUUGCAGUUUCUGUUCUCCUAAUUCAUGUGGAACAUAGGCUGGAGAAAAGUGAUGUUUAUGCUAAGUGAUCCAACUCAUUUGGAAGUAAGCUCAGUUAUCCCUGCUAGAUCCACCCAUACGGGAUGCUGUGACCACCUUAGCAGUUAAGACAACAGCACGGGAACCAAUGAAAUUGAAAACCCCAUUUGGGCAUGCAGUGGAGCUGGUGACGAAGGCCAAUGUGAGGAUAAUGAACAAGAGUUUCACGUCAGUCACAGACAUGGUGGUUACCUCCAGGGAAGCUACCUAAAAAUCUCUUUGGCAUCAAUUUAUUUGGUGUUAGACUUUAUGAGAAUUGGUUCUGAGGUGGCAGAUGUCAGAUAGGAAUAACCAGUUUACGCUGGCCAGCAUCAGUCGUAAACAAAGGCUUUCUUUUUAACUAAACACUCUCAUGAAUGCUGAAGUACAACACAGUGAGUUUCCAACAGUUUCUAGCAAGCUAAAUGUAAAUGCAAGCACAUACUAAGUACAAUUUGCCUUUCAAAACAGGAAAUGGAAGAAAAAGAUAUGGGAGAUAACCAGUUGGUAAAUAGAUUAGCAGCUUCCAUUAUCUUGUUCCUAUCUAUAUUAAACUUC